UCCUGGCUACCUCGGAACGUGUGGGGCCGCCCAGACCAGUGCAAGCCAGAGGUGGUGCAGGCUUCAGAAACUCGGAGCUGAGAAAGGCCGGGCGGCGCCGGGGCUGAGCAUCACGGAGCCGGCUGCAGGGCCGCGGCCUCUCCGCCCGAAGCACCACCUGUCGCUGGGUGAAACGUCUGGUGAAAGAAAAAGAUGUUUUCCCGGUUAAGAGCAGUUGCCACUCCUUGUUCGGUGGCAUGUCGUCAUUUGCACAGGAAAGAGAAAGGCAAGCCACUCAUGUUGAACCCAAGAACAAACAAGGGAAUGGCAUUUACAUUACAGGAACGACAAAUGCUUGGUCUUCAAGGACUUUUACCUCCUAAAAUAGAGACACAAGAUAUUCAAGCCUUACGAUUCCAUAAAAACUUGAAAAAAAUGAAUAGCCCUUUGGAAAAGUACAUCUAUAUAAUGGGAAUACAAGAAAGAAAUGAGAAACUGUUUUAUAGAAUACUACAAGAUGAUAUUGAAAGUCUAAUGCCAAUUGUAUAUACACCAACAGUUGGUCUUGCCUGUUCCCAGUAUGGACACAUCUUUAGAAGACCCAAGGGAUUAUUUAUUUCAAUCUCAGACAGAGGUCAUGUUAGAUCAAUUGUGGAUAACUGGCCAGAAAAUCAUGUUAAGGCUGUUGUAGUGACUGAUGGAGAGAGAAUUCUUGGUCUUGGAGAUUUGGGCGUCUAUGGAAUGGGAAUUCCAGUAGGAAAACUUUGCUUGUACACAGCUUGUGCAGGAAUACGGCCUGAUCGAUGUCUGCCUGUGUGUAUUGAUGUGGGAACUGAUAAUCAAGCACUCUUAAAGGAUCCAUUUUACAUGGGCUUGUAUCAAAAAAGAGAUCGUUCACAGCUUUAUGAUGAUCUGAUUGAUGAGUUUAUGAAAGCAAUUACUGACAGAUAUGGCCGGAACACCCUUAUUCAAUUUGAAGACUUUGGAAAUCAUAAUGCAUUUAGGUUCUUGAGAAAAUAUCGAGAAAAAUAUUGUACCUUCAAUGAUGAUAUUCAAGGGACAGCUUCAGUAGCUCUAUCAGGUCUUCUCGCAGCCCAAAAAGUUAUUAAUAAACCCAUCUCAGACCACAAGAUUCUAUUUCUUGGAGCAGGAGAGGCUGCUCUUGGAAUUGCAAAUCUUAUAGUUAUGUCUAUGGUAGAAAAUGGCCUUUCAGAAGAAGAGGCACAAAAGAAAAUCUGGAUGUUUGACAAGUUUGGUUUAUUAGUCAAGGGGCGGAGUGCUAAAAUAGAUAGUAAUCAGGAACCAUUUGCUCACCCAGCUCCAGAAAGCACACCUGAUACUUUUGAAGAUGCAGUAAAUAUAAUUAAGCCUUCAACUAUAAUUGGAGUUGCAGGUGCUGGCCGGCUUUUUACUCCUGCUGUAAUCAAAGCCAUGGCCCGUAUCAAUGAAAGGCCUAUAAUAUUUGCAUUAAGUAAUCCUACAACAAAGGCUGAGUGCACACCUGAAGAAGCGUAUACACUUACAGAGGGAAGGUGUUUGUUUGCCAGUGGUAGUCCAUUUGGGCCAGUGAAACUCCAAGAUGGGCGAGUCUUUACACCAGGUCAAGGAAAUAAUGUAUAUAUUUUCCCAGGUGUGGCUUUAGCUGUUAUUCUCUGUCAAACUCGACAUAUCAGUGAUAAUGUUUUCCUAGAAGCUGCAAAGGCACUGACAAGUCAAUUGACAGAUGAAGAGUUAGCUCAGGGGAGACUUUACCCACCACUUGCUAAUAUUCAAGAAGUUUCUAUUAACAUUGCUAUUAAAGUUACAGAAUACCUAUAUGCUAAUAAAAUGGCUUUCCGAUACCCAGAGCCUGAAGACAAGACCAAGUAUAUUAAAGAAAGAAUAUGGCGAAGUGAAUAUGAUUCCUUGCUGCCCGAUAUGUAUGAAUGGCCAGAAUCUGCAUCAAGACCUCCCCAGAUAACAGAAUAGAAGCACUCACACCAAUAAAUAUUUCCCAUGCUUCAGGGAAGCCCCUUUUUUGAGAGAUGUUAUCAGAUUUAUGGUGUUUCCGUAUUUUUUUUUCUUCCCCCACUACUUUACUUGACUUAACCCAUGUAUGUCCAUGUCUGUUGGAGGUGGAUGUGUUGACUGUAUUAAGGUCCACCAAUACCCUACAAUCAACCAUAAUGCUUAAUGUCCUUAUUUGUAGCCAUACAACACCCAAGAGAUGUUUAAAAUGUGUCUAUGGAUGUCUUCACUUGUAUUUUUGGUCCUGCUUGCCAAAGUAUUUGUUAUUUACUGUUAUAAGUAACAAUCUUCCAUCAUCCGGUUAGUUCUACAAAAAUAGAAGUUUAUUUCUGUGGAUAUGAGGGCAUAUUUUGCAAAGCAGCCAAAUUUUAAACAAAAUUCAAAGAAAAUUGUCAGUAUGUAAAACUUUAUCUGCUUCAUUUUACCUUCAUGCUCUGAAAUUAUUUUAUAAUACACAGAACUAGAGAAAUAAGAAAAUUUUUUCCCUUUUAUUUUCUGGAACUAAUCAAGGUUUAACUAUAACAUUAGGAGAGAGUUAUGGGAACUACUAUUGCCUUUAGACAAAGCAGUCUUUUGCAACAGUGUGUAAAAAUGAUUUUUAUUUAAUAAAGUAAUGUCUUAAACUUAAUUGCUUCAGUUAUGCUACCUUAUUGCCCAACUAGAAAUGUAGGUUUGCUUAUAAUGAAAAUACAUUGGGUUUUUUUUGUUUUUUUAAUUUCUAGUUGAGGGCAUAUAGGAUGCCUAAAGCAUACAUUACAACUAAUCUCGUUUACUUUUUAAAAUAAAUCAGUAGUGGUUUACAUCUGAAUGAGCUGUAUUUAACUGGAGGAACUAUACCCUAUCCAACUGAGGUUCUUUAUUACUCAAAAUAGUUUUGGGAUUCUCCUACAAUGCAUUCCCUUGAAUGUUGUUAGUGGUGACAACUCUUUCUCUAUUAAAGGUGAAUUUAUUACUUUUCAGAGCUAAGUAGGGAUGAAUAAGGAAGGUGUUCAGACCAGGAGAUGCCAUUUUUAAUCCCAGUAAAAUAGAUAAUAACUGGCUAAAGAGACCAGUUUCUUGUGUAGCUUACAUAUUAGAGAUUUUUAAAGGAAGAUCCAGAAGCAUCUUAAAAUAUGGCGGUAUAGCUAUAGUAUCUGUCUGCCUUAUGUGCUGCAAGAAGCAAAACUUUUAAAUGUUCAUUCUACAAUAGUAAUCUUGUCUCAUAAAAUUAGAAAAAGAUGGGGAGCUGGGAAUGUAGCUCAGUGGUAGACUACUUCUGGCUUCAAUCCACAAUACUAAACACUAAGAGAUGCCUCUGCCCCAACUCCCUCCAUUUCUGCCCCUGGCCCUGCCCCAGGCUAUUAGGGGCAGACCCCUAGCAGCUAUAGUUUGAGCAAGUUCUUGAAGGUGGUUCUGACACAGACAUACUUGCCCUCACAACUGCCUUAAAGCAGAUAUCGGAAUCAUCUGGAGAGCUGACCAAUGCUGAGGACUGACACUGAUGCAGGUCCUGGUUGAGGCCUGAGAGUCUGCAUUUCUGAUGAGCUUCCAGGUACCACCUGUGUUGCUGUUAAAGAAAACAGGCGUUGCUCCACAGUAUUGCAAGUGGUGUGCUGUUUCAGCCUAGUGUUUAUAUACUAUGUGCUUCUAUAUAUAUGAAAAAGAUCAACUGAAACUCUUACAUGGAGUAGCUGUCAUUAGUUUUGUUAUAUUUAGUUAUCUUAUAAAAACUAGUGUUUAUAUACUAUUUAGUUAUCUUAUAAAAACUAGUGUUUAUAUACUAUGUGCUUCUAUAUAUAUGAAAAAGAUCAACUAAAACUCUUACAUGGAGUAGCUGUCAUUAGUUUUGUUAUAUUUAGUUAUCUUAUAAAAACUGAUGAGUUUUUAUAAGAAAAAUUAAUAUAGAACUCUUUAAAUAGUUUUUUUCCUGAGAAUACAUAAAAACUAGAAUACUGUGUGAUUUUAAAUUCUGGAUUUGUAGCAUACUUAAGUGAAACCUAGCAACCAAAUUUCACUUAGAAAAGAUUAGCUAACAAAUGGAUAUUUGUGAGGUUUUUUAAUUUGAUUAUUCAUUCCCUAAUGAUAGAACUUGCCUUGUACUUUGUCUUCUCUAAAUUAUCAGCCUCUGGAGAAAUAGUAUUUUCAUUUUCUGUGAAAGAGUGAUGAAUGAAUUAAGACUGAAAUACAAUGUUAUAAGUAUGGAGCAUUAACCAUUGUUCCCAGAUAACAGAAGACCCAAAGAGAAUGGGGCUAAGGAUUAGGGUGGCAUACAGGUGCUCCUGUGGCUCCCCCACCUCCCAGUAUUGAAGAUUAAAUUCAGGGCCUUGCACAUAUUA